GAAACGGUUGUUUUGUUUGUUUUUUUUUUGUACAUUUUAAUUCUGUGCCCUCACGGUUUGUUUUGGUGUUAAUGUGUGCGUGUGUAUGACACUGACCUGACCAAAAAUAAAAAAAAAAACGAAGGAAGAGAGCAGUGAGAAAAACCUUCCCCUCGGGUUGUUGUUGUGCUUGUGUAUGUGUGUGUUUGUUGAGUGUUUGUGUGUGUGUGUUGGAUAAAAAAAAAAAAAUGUCGAAAAAUAAGAUAUUUACAACGGCAGGAACAGCAGGCAAUGCUGAAACAAAUCUAAUUGAAGUCAAAUCAAAGUUCGAUGCAGAAUUCCGACGAUGGAGUUUCAAACGCAAUGAAACGGAACAGAGCUUCGAGAAGUUUGCAGCGCUCAUUGAGCAGUUGCAUAAAUUGGCUAAAAUACAGUUUUUAAUACUCUACAUUGAUCCAAGGGACAAUGAUCUAUUGCCAAUCAACAAUGAUGAUAACUUUGGAUGGGCCCUCAAGACGGCACGUCCAUUGUUGCGGAUUAUAGUGCAGCGGAAAGAUCAUCACACUGAGUGCUCUGGAUUUGGUACCAUGAAAUCGCGUCAUUUAUUUGGUAGCAUAUUGUUGGGACACACACCCGUUAAAACCAAAGCACCAUCGAUAUCCAUACCACACGAUUUCCGUCAGGUAUCGGCCAUUAUCGAUGUAGACAUUGUGCCGGAGACACAUCGGCGAGUCCGUCUCUUGAAGCAUGGCAGUGAUAAGCCGCUCGGGUUCUAUAUACGAGAUGGCACCUCUGUACGUGUGACGGCCAGCGGAUUGGAGAAACAGCCGGGCAUAUUUAUAUCACGUCUGGUGCCGGGUGGCCUGGCCGAAAGCACUGGCCUGCUGGCCGUCAACGAUGAAGUCAUUGAGGUGAAUGGCAUUGAGGUGGCCGGCAAGACAUUGGAUCAGGUCACCGAUAUGAUGGUGGCCAAUAGUUCCAAUUUAAUUAUUACUGUCAAACCGGCAAAUCAACGCACUCUAACGUCUACACAUCGUGGCUCCUUUUCGCGCAACAGUCAAUUAUCGAGUGGAUCACAUCAUACGAAUCACACAAACACCUCCGAUGAGAUUGAGCACGAUGAUCAGGAUGAUAUUGUUGAUCUGACUGGUGUAACGCUCGAUGAUAGUCCUACGGGCACAACAGCAUCAACAACAACGACGGCAAUGACCGGAUCAGUGACAGCAACAGCAACUGGGACGGGCAAUCAUCAUCAUCAGCAUCAACAGCAACAGUCAUCAUCAUCAUCAUCGCCCAAUUCACAUUCGCAGCAUCAUCACCAGCAAGCAGCCUCCAAUGCAUCAACUAUUAUGGCCAGCGAUGUCAAGGAUGGAGUUUUACAUUUGUAAUUAAAUGCAAAAGUAUUGGAAUAGAUCGUAAAGUUUGCGACUUACGACCAAUGCAUAAUACAAUAUAUAAUAUAUAUAGAAAUGGAAAUUGUUCACGAGCUUGUUUCGCUUAUAAACACAGCAUUAAGAUUUUCUUAACGAUCCAAUGGAAUGCUAUUAGAAAUGUGAAGAUAACAAAUACCUAACCUGAUUGAUCACUCCUAAUUUGAUUAAUCAUGAUUUUAGUAUUUCAGAUAAUCUGAACCAUAAGCGAAACAGGCUCGCAUCUGAUUAUACUUACAUAUAUACAUAAUUAUGUAUAAUUUUCAUAAGAAUACCUACAAACACACACUACCACACUACCCAGUCCCGCCCCCCUUCCCUUUAUUAUUAUUAUUAUUAUUUUACACAUUCCAACUAUCAAGUUUUUAAACAAAGCAUAGUCCCAGAGUUUCAUACAUAUACAUUAUACCUAUAUACAUAAUUUUUGUUUCAUAUUA